AUGUCUGUUUAGUGACACUCUGUGUGACCAAGACCGCGAGUGGUGCUUCGACGACCACGCCUUUGGUCACUGCCUCUCAGAUUAUGGCCACUACAAGGAAGAAGAUCUCCACCGGUAUGACUUGGGAUCAGAUGAACUACGACAACUGGAGCAGGAGAUGCAGCGGCUCUUCCUGCUGGGUUACCGCUGGUCUCACACCUACACCCAGUGUGUCCUCCAGACUCUGCUACACUCCAUACGUCGCAAGAGUGAGUUUGACAUCAGCAACUGCAACGGCGACCUGGACCAGGAUCUAGAAGGAGCCCUGAGGGCCAUAGAAGGAGAGGAACUGGAGCAGGUUGACCCCCGCGACCUGGCCAUCGUUCGCUUCACUCCCUCAGCCACGGACCCUCACUCAGCCUACGCUGACGAGGUCUACUUCCCACCCAUCAAGGAUCAGCUGCAUGACGACCAACAUGACCUCUCUGACGACCACCAUGACGACCCCCAGGAACCUGUGAGUAGCGGACCAGGUGAAAAUGGCGGCAGAACAGGUGGCACUAGAACAGGUGGCACCAGGACAGGUGCCAGGACAGGCGGUGGCCGGACUGGUGGUGGAAAAACAGGUGGUGGUAAGACAGACGGUGGCAAAUCAGGCGGCAGCAAGUCUGGCGGCGGCGGUGGCAAAUCAGGUGGCGGCGGCAAGUCAGGCGGCGGCAAGACUGGUGGCAGCAAGACAGGUGGCGGCAAGACAGGUGGUGGCAGAACAGGUGGCAGCAGAACAGGUGGUGGUGCAGGGGUAGACAAGGAGCACAGCCACCCACCUAAGUUAGUAGACAGCAGUGAUGGAGUCAGUGCCCCAGGACACCCAUACCCCAGCUCUGCCAGCUCCCUGCGUCUCCUGCCCCCGCUGGACCUGCCCUUACAACCCCCAGACCCCGAUGCUCUCAACUACAUCAAUUACUAUGCAGGUAACGACAAUGGUUUCAACGAUGAGGAUGUGUACCAGUCACCCUAUCACUACCAGACUCCUCUCAACCCCGUGUACCGCAAGCGAGGGAUGCCUUUUGGUAAUGUAUAUCCCCGAUCACAUUCCGCUGAGGGAGAGAUGCCGCCUAAUGGGAACGUGUAUCCCCGCCCGUUCUUUCCCGAGCGAGAGAUGCCCAGUGGUAACUCGUAUCCCCGCCCAUUCUCUUCCGCCGAGAUUAAGGAGCUCUCCGACAUUCUGGAAGAUAUGAGGAUGAAAGAGAAUACUUACAAAGCCGACGAUAGUGUGAUUUUCCCCGGAGGUUAUCUGAAUGAUGAGGACGAGGAAGAGGAGGAGGAAGAUGAAGGUGUUUUUGCCGAGGAGCCAUCCAGUCCUAUGUACACUGAGGCCGGUCUGCAGUUCAUCCCUGGGGAACCAUCCAGGUCUAUAUACUCACAGAGAGGUCUGCAGUCCAUGUCUGAGGAACCAUCCAGGUCUAUAUACUCACAGAGAGGUCUACAGUCCAUGUCUGAGGAACCAUCCAGGUCUAUAUACUCACAGAGAGGUCUACAGUCCAUGUCUGAGGAACCAUCCAGGUCUAUAUACUCACAGAGAGGUCUACAGUCCAUGUCUGAGGAACCAUCCAGGUCUAUAUACUCACAGAGAGGUCUACAGUCCAUGUCUGAGGAACCAUCCAGGUCUAUAUACUCACAGAGAGGUCUACAGUCCAUGUCUGAGGAACCAUACAGGUCUAUAUACUCACAGAGAGGUCUACAGUCCAUGCUUGAGGAGCCAUCCAGACCUAUUUACAUGCCGAGAGGUCACCAGGUCAUCCCUGAGCUAGAUGAGGAGAAAUUCUUGAUGGAGUCUUCACCCAGAGACGGCGCCAUCUGGGCCAACCUGCCGGAGAAUGUUCCCGUGGCUCCUGGACGCUACCAUAACAUACCCGAGGAGCUGCGCAACAUGCCUUCAGUGUUUGACAACCUGCAGGACCUUGCUGCCGACCCCAGGGACUUCUCUGAGGACCUACCUACUCUCCCUGAGAGCCUGAGGAACUUCCCCGGACUCAUGAGUCAGUACGAACCACAAGAACUCUACAUCCCCGAGAAUAUAGAAACUGAGACUGCCUUUGAUCGGUAUGCCAUGCAGGAUGACAUGCCAUAUCAGGCUAGUGUGAGAGACGUGCCCCGGGAUGCCCUGCUCAUUGAAGAUGACAUUCCAGACAUGUCUCGCACGUCACCCCGACUAACAGCGUUAGAAGCAGCAUUCGGGCCGCAGCUGAACGACCUGAGGGACUACGACGACCCCCCGCACGACUACCCCGACUAUGACAUCGAUGAAUAUGGUGAUUACGACCAGUAUGGUGAAGCUCAGUCCAGACACAAACAACCUUUACCCUUCCUUCAGAAAUUUGUGAAAAAGGACGAAGAGUCAGCUAAUGCUGACUAUGGUGACCUGCUGCCCGAGGCUGAGUAUAACUUCCAGCGAGAUGAACGCCUGGACGUCAAGAAGCCUGGACCCUUCUUCAAGAGUGCUAACAACUACGGCUUCGACUACACUGACGACGAUGACGACAACGGAGAGAGACGUGACGACCAGGUGGACGAAGUGGGUGGUGGUGACGUCAUUCUCACACGGCUGCUACAAGAAUCACCCCCACCCACGUCUGACAUCAACGCUGACGUCAGUCCUGACGACGUAGAAGAGGACGUGGUGGCGGUAGUGCCAGAAGACUCACUGGCACUCCCUCAGCAGGUGCCUGAUCUCUUGUUGGCUGACGAAGGUCUGGUGGAUGACGCUACUGCUACUGACACUCCUGACAGUCAACCUCUGAAACAGCAACAGCAGGAGGGGCAGGCGGAGGCACAGCAGCAGCAGCAGCAGGAGGAGGAGCAGCAGCAGCAGGAGGAUAGCACCUCCACGCCCACUCCACCCACAGGAACACCACCUACUACCACCCAGGCUCCAGAACCCAGCUCCUACGUCUACAUCACCAUCAAAGGAAGGUUCCUGGAGUGGGAGCAGGCUAGUAACUUGGCUAGGAUGGUCGUCCGGCUGUCUGGCCUCCAACCUGAGGAUAUGGAUAAGCUGAGUGUGGACAAAGAUGAGGUGACGUUCCACAUCAAGGUGAACACUGAGGGCAUCACAGCAGCUGACGUCGCUAAGAAGACUGAGGACAUGCGGGAGAACAUCAACAAAGACCUGGGUCUGGAGAUCAGCCAGACGGGCGUAGGCACCAAGACGACCAUGUCAGCGGUGGUGUUCAGUUCUGGGGAGCAGCACAUCCUGGCGGCUGCAGCGGUGGUGUGCGGGGUGAUGGCGGCGUUGCUGGUGGCCGCCACGGUACUCUACUUCCUCAGGAGACAUGCAAAGUCUAAGGCCAAGCUUCAGGGACUCACAGCUCACGACACCGAAGCUUCCAAGGACUAUCAGGAGCUGUGUCGUGCGAGGAUGGCAGGGAAGGCAGGUGAAGGAGGCAAGACAGAGGCCACAUCAACAACAGCAGCAGCAGCAGCAGCAACAACACACGCACCCAGCCAUAGGGUGUCCAGCCUCUCUAAGGAUUCUGACAAUGGCAACAACUCACCUUCAUCCAGGUCAUCCACCAGCUCAUGGAGCGAGGAACCUGUAGCGUCUAACAUGGACAUAUCUACUGGACACAUGGUGCUGUCGUACAUGGAGGACCACCUGAAGAACAAGGAUCGUCUCGAGCAGGAGUGGAUCGCCCUGUGUGCUUACGAGGCCGAGCCCUGCGCCACCACCCUCGCCCUCAAGCCGGAGAACAACCAGAAGAACAGGUACCCAGACGCCGUGCCUUACGACCACAACAGAGUCGUACUCAACGCCCACUCCAACCUCAACGGAUCUGAUUAUAUAAAUGCUUCCUCCAUCACUGACCACGAUCCACGUAACCCAGCGUACAUAGCGACCCAGGGCCCUCUGGCGAGCACAGCUUCAGACUUCUGGCAGCUAGUGUGGGAGCAAGGCAGUGUUGUCCUGGUGAUGCUCACCAGACUUACCGAGAACGGCCACGCCUUCUGUCACCGCUACUGGCCUGAGGAAGGCAGCGACCUCUACCACAUCUACGAGGUACACCUGGUAUCUGAACACAUCUGGUGCGACGACUACCUGGUACGUUCCUUCUAUCUGAAGAACGUGCGUACUGGGGAGACCCGCACCGUCACCCAGUUCCACUUCCUCUCCUGGCCAGACUCCGGUACUCCAGCCUCAACCAAGGCGCUACUUGAGUUCAGAAGGAAAGUGAACAAGUCAUAUCGAGGUCGAUCUUGCCCUAUCAUCGUUCACUGCAGUGAUGGCAUCGGUCGCACAGGCACUUACUGCCUCAUCGACAUGGUCCUCAACCGCAUGGCGAAGGGAGCAAAAGAAAUCGACAUCGCUGCCACACUGGAACAUAUACGAGACCAGCGGCCUCACAUGGUCAAGAGCAAGGCGCAGUUUGAGUUCGUGUUGAUGGCCGUAGCUGAGGAAGUCCACGCUAUCCUCAAGGCCCUCCCUCAGUAGCUACCCUCCUGACGACGACCCGGCGAGACUUCAGACAUGCAGGAGGGACGCGCGGACAUCCAAAGGUUGUGUCGACGUCCCCUCCGCAAAACCAUCUCCUCCUUCACACACCGCGUGGCUCACCCUUAAGCCUCCAGGCUCAUGUGGACGACCAGCGGGCGUUGUAUCUAUGCUACUGUGUCGUCGUAAUCACACCUCAGCGACUUGUAUCUCGUUGUAGCUUUACUUUCAGCUUCCCCUUUUCGUACAAGAUACUAUCCACAAUCUUGGUUGUUAGGACUAUGGAUGGCUUACAUUGGACGUAUAUGCCUACAGGUGUCAGAGUAUAAUGAUAUAUAUUUUCUUUCAUUGUUUCCAGAUAAUUAUAUAGGAUAUAUAUAAAUAUAUAUAAAUAUAUAUAAGUUGUGUAUAAGUGGUAAUAAUAACAAUUAACGUUGUGUAUCGCGCAGACGUCCACCAAGUCACACUCAGUUACACAAACUUUAUAGAAAAACAUCUACUGGGGGUGCACCAAAAAAAAAAAAAUGGCGUUUACUACAAAAUUACUCAUAGUAUCAGUGUAAAGAAACACAACUUUCCUACCCAGGAAGGAACAACAAUUAUGCAGACAGAUAACCCAAAGAAGUUUUUGUAACUGAGUAAAGUAAAUGUCAUCCAAACCUCUACUGUCCGCUUUAUUUUCUCUACAAAAGUUUCCUCCAAAAGUAAUAAAAAACUCGAAAAUAUAAAACAACUAUAAAAAGAGAAAUCAAUGACCACUUCAUUGGCUACGGGAUGUCCAAUCCCCGAGUCUCUUGGAUGGUGCUGCCCUCCUCCUCCAAUCAGGAGCCUUCUUGGACCCAGCCUCCCAAGAAGGCUUCUAAUCAGCCAAUCAAGUUCCUCGGCUGAUGACUCCCGCAGCUAAUGAGCUUAGAUGUUGCUUCCUGUGUUUAGAUAAAAUGGAUAGUUUAGCAUUAGGUUAAGUUCCAUAUAUAUGUAGAAAUAUCUACUCGCAGCAACCUGUGGAACUGGAAAUUUUUACCUCUAUAGGCCACAUCCGCAUAAAAUCUUAACACCCGAGGAAAUUGUGGGAGCAGAGUGCAAAAAAAAAAAAAAACUAUUUUAAAUCAAGAUACUCGCCAACCCCCAUCCCCUUCCUUCCCAGAACAGAUAGUUCUCCAUUCUAUUGUCUGCAACUUCGAAAGGGAACAGAAACUCAAAAAUAUUUUGCAAAAAAAUAAAAUAACGAGACUUGAGAGAAGUAGGAAUAUCAUCGACUGUAGUUGAGUGCGUCGCUGUUCUUUCUCAGAUUAGUUGGGUGUCAAACAUUAUAACUGUUUUGUAUCAUUUAAAAAUCUAGCAUUGUAAAAGAAAUACAUUUUUAUUUUGAUAUAUAAUUAGGUUUAUUAAAAUAGGUAGACCAAUUUACAUCUUUGUCUUCAUGGUUACAAUUAUUACUUAUUUUAAAUAUAAAUGAUCUCGCAUUAUUGUCAAUUAUUACACGAGUAUUAUUAUCAAGUGAACAUUUAAGUACUGUAUAUUCUUGGUAGGUAGGCUCCUACUAGACUGUGAGAGCCUCGCCGUCACUAUGACGGCCAGACAGCGGUCUUCCGCUACCCCGACGCCAAUAAAAGUGAUUUGGUGGAAA